AUGGCUCCUUCAUUCGUAUCCAUUGAUACGAACGACUCAGAUGUCUUUAUGACUCCUGCAUCAUCGUCAAAGUCGGUCGACGCACCUCGAACCCUCCUCCUUGCUCCCCCCUCCAUCGCCACUCAAGAGGAUAAAUUACGAGCCGUUUUCUCCUCCCACCCCCGCACAACCACAGAUCUACAAAUGCUCGAUCGCCUUUCCGCUGGUGUCGUCACACUACCAUCAAACACAUACGAUCUCGUCCUUAUUCUUACCGAUUCCGAUGGCUCACGCCGCGCCGAGUCUCUCCAGCUACUUACCCGUGAUGUAUACACCGCACUUGUGCCGUCUAUGAAGUCUGGCGGAAAGCUCCAGACAGAAGAUAAAGCUCUUGAUGCCUCCGAGGCAAUGGAGGCGGUUCUGGCCGGUCUCGUGCAGAAUGCGACUGGCUUCGAGAAGCCUAAUUAUGAACAAGCAUCCGCUGUGCCAUUGAAAUUUGGUCUCAGAAAGAAGAAGGCUACACCUGCAGCUGCAGCUCCCGUUCAAGCUCCACCUAUUGGAUUACAGUUUGGAAAUGGAUUUGGAUUCGAUGGCAUGGAUGGAACCAAUAAUGACGGGAACGAUAAUGAUGAGUUGAUUAAUGAGGACUCUCUUCUCAAUGAAGAGGAUUUAACGAGACCCAUUAUGCCGCCCCCAGAGUGCCAGCCUAAGACCGGUCGGAGGAGGAAGGCCUGCAAGGAUUGUACUUGCGGUUUGGCCGACCGACUCGAGGCCGAGGAUAAGGAGCGUCGCGAGAAUGCCGAUAAGAGUUUGAAUGUCAUGAAGUUGAAUACAGAUGAUCUGGCUGAGCUCGACUUUACUGUGGAGGGCAAGCAGACUGGAUCCUGCGGAAGCUGUGCUCUUGGUGAUGCAUUCCGUUGCGCAGGUUGCCCAUACUUGGGUCUACCCGCAUUCAAGCCCGGACAGGAAGUGCAGAUCCUGAAUGACGUCGCUCAACUGUGA